AUGCAGACUAGGAAGGUGAAGCAGCGGACGAACAUCGCACAUGUCAAGCAGUGCCCGAAUGCACAUCCAUGGUUGCAAUGGACAGGCACACGUGUCUCGGACGAGAACCACGCGAAUGGCUUGUUUUAUCGUCGUCUUUGCGCUCAGCUCGCUUUCGUCGUAAGCUCACCCCUUCUGUACAAAGCGAGAGCUGUCUUCCGCAUUGCGCAUCUCGAGAACUUGGGCUCCUUCAGCAUCGACUUGGCAGCCAAGAUCGGUGUGGCUCUUGGUGCAGCCUUGUCAGCCUCUGGCGACGCCAACUGGGUAAACUGGGUACGUACAAGCAUCGUCUCGUCUUGCGCGCUCCCUGUGUCGCAUCCACAUUGCUCCUGGACGUCCGUGCGACCGCCUGGUGUGGUGUUGCGCGGUCGCAGAUCGGCAUUACCUAGACACAGCCUCAACCACCUCUCCCCGCGUACCCGCAAGACCCUCCCAUGUUGCCACUACUGCCCGUCGUCGACCACACUUCUCCGCCAUGCUGACUGA